GGGCUAACCAAAUUCUUAUGCGAGCUGCUAACUGCUAAUAGCUGCUAGUGUGCCCCCGUGUUUACUCGUUCAUAUAUUCACAUCCCAUCUCUUCUUUCCCCAUAUACUAACCCCGUCUCGCAGGCAAAACCGGUCGCCACACCCUAUAGACCGUUCCCAUCGCCCCAUUCCGCCAUGUUCCAGUCCAGCGCCCUCUUGGGCUUCGCCGCCGCCUCCUACCUUUUUGCCGGGGUCAACGCGUUCGGUGUGCAGAGUUAUCCCAACAUGUUCUUCGGGCCUUCCAAUGUCGUCAAGAACGACUGGUUUCAGGGCAUUGACUCUCGAUGGGCUAGAGAGAUGAGCGAAUACUGGGCAGAUCAAUUAAUAGAGACCGGUCCUUGGUCUGUGACGAACAAAUCCUACACGGCAAAGUCUGGCGACAAGAAGUGAGGAGGCUCGCCAUCAAAUCGAGGCGUGUUUGCUAAUAUUCACCAUCAGGGACUAUCUCUCCUGGGCUGUCUACCACUGGCCUGACUGCUCGGAUGUCGGCAACACGACUGAACUCACGGACGAAGAGAGUGAGUCAUCUGGCGAACUGGGUCAAGGGUCAUGCUGACCCUAUACUAGUCUAUGAUGAGUGCACAUACGUCACGAAGGAUGGUCAAAUCAACCCCGACACUCAGCUUGUGCACGACAAUGACGCUCUGCAGAACAUGAGUAACAGCAUCUACCUUUCCGCGCUGGCCUACCUCCACACUGGCGAUUCCAAAUAUGCCACUCACAUCAACCACGCUCUCGACACUUUCUUCGUCAACAACGCGACGAGCAUGAACCCCAACUUGAACUAUGCUCAGGUCAUCCGUGGCCCCGGCGACCAGCUGGGAAAGCACACUGGUGUUCUUGAUUUGGCCUGUAUGGCCAAGAUUGCUAGCGGAGUGUCGGUGAUGAGGGAACUCCAGCCUACGGAGUGGGACCAGGCCACAGAUGACGGUGUCACGUCUUGGGCUUCAGACCAGCUUGAGUGGCUUACGACCAAUGAGCUGGGUAUCGGAGAGAAGAACUCUACAAACAAUCACGGUACUUUUUAUGUCAACCAAGAAUGCGCUCUCCACAUCAUUCUAAACGACACGCAAUCUUGCGCCGACGCGUUGAACGAGUUCUACACGACCGGACCCUUCCAAAACCAGAUUGACGCCAACGGUGACCAAUCUCUCGAGUCUGCCCGUACUCGUCCCUACCAUUACCGAGCUUACAACCUCAUGGCUCUGAUCACCAACGCCCAGAUGGGUGACUUUGUUGGUCUUUCGCCUUCUGCUUGGGAGAGAACCACCGCGUCAAACGCAACUCUGAUGGACGCCCUCACCUACGCCAUGGCUCAGAACUAUACCGACACAGACGAAGAUAGUCAAAUCAAGAUGCUUAACCCUGUGGUCGCUGCCGUUGCCUCCAAGUACGGCGACGACGACGGCACCUACGCCGCCUUCUUGAAGCAGACAGACCCCUACUUCCCCGGUCAGCCGUACUUUGCCCUCAACGAGGGCCUGAGCGACGCAGGCAUCAAGCAGGGUCUGUUGGAGACCACCUACGGGUCUGUGCCAGCGCAGCCUACGGUCGGCUCUGGUGACCCUGAUGAUCUCAUCCACAGGAGAAAGAGAGAGUGGAAGCCCAGAGGUUCUGGGUGGCCCAGCGCUGCGCCCACACCCGCUCCAUAAAUGGAGAUGGUGAGGUUUUUUGUGAGGUUUGGACAAGAAUCAGAGCAUUCUUUGCGAGAGAGUGUAGACAUGACGUCGGGCUGCGUGCUUGGGUUUGCCGUUGCUCUAUUGCCAUUGUGCUCUCGAGGCGUGCUGGCUUAAAGACUGAAAGACGUCUAUUAGAUUUCGAUUUCCCACGGUGUCGUAGGACGGACACUUACCUUUGACCUUUUUCUUUUUACCAACCUUGGACUUUCUUUAGGGCGUCCACAUUUAAUCAUACAAGGCCGGGCAUUUACCACCUUUUGUUGUAUACCAAUCUUGGCGUCGUAGGAGGAUAACACACGAUGCACUUCUGU